AUGGCCGCUUGGCUUUCCAGGGCCAUGUCGCAUUGUUAUCCUUUUCAGUUUUCGCCGCUGCUCAAGGCUGAACCUUGCUUCGUCGACAUCAAUGUUCACAACAUGCUUCUGCCUACAUCGUGGCUAAACUAUAUUUCAGACCGGCUUUACCUUGCCUCCUACGUCCAUCCCCCUACGCCAGACACGCCGUUUCCUUACCCCGAGGAGCCUCAGCCAACUUCUCCCAAGAAGCGAAGCCAACGAGCUGCUGCCGGUGCGACCCCGCUCGCCGCCAAGUCGAACCGACCACAGCCAUGCUAUUUCACUGUCGACGAUACUCUUCUGUACAACGCUUUCCACCAUGAUUUUGGCCCUCUGCACAUCGGCCAUCUCUACCGAUUCGCCAUCCAAUUCCAUGACAUCCUGGGCGCAAAGCAAAACAAGGACCGCCCCAUUGUUUUCUGGAGCGCUGCUGACCCUAGAAGUCGCGCGAACGCCGCUUGUAUGCUCGCAUGCUACAUGGUCCUCAUACAGAACUGGCCUCCCCAUCUGGCCCUUGCCCCGAUUGCGCAGGUCGAUCCUCCUCUGAUGCCAUUCCGAGACGCGGGUUACAGUCAAGCCGACUAUGGCAUCAGCGUUCAAGAUGUUGUCUAUGGUGUGUGGAAGGCCAAGGAGGAAAAAUGCUGCGAUCUAGACAACUUCGAUCUUGACGAAUACGAGCGUUUCGAGAGAGUCGAACACGGUGAUUUCAACUGGAUCACUCCCCACUUCCUGGCAUUUGCCUCUCCCCAGCAUGCGCCGGUCCAGAAAAUCACAGAGGGUUCCGAUCUGUACCCAUUGCUUCCACGGACACUAGCCGCCGUGGAUGCCCAUCCCAAGUUGCCAAAGCCCUUCAAGAAUGUGCUGAAGCAUUUUUCCGAGAAGAACAUUGGCCUGGUGGUCCGACUUAACUCUCAACUCUACUCCCCCUCGUACUUUGAGGCACUGGGUAUUCAACACCUGGACAUGAUCUUUGACGAUGGCACAUGCCCCUCGCUCUCAACUGUCCGCAAAUUCAUCAGACUCGCUCACGAGACCAUCACUAUCCGUAAGCAGGGAAUUGCUGUUCAUUGCAAGGCUGGCCUCGGCCGCACAGGUUGUUUGAUUGGUGCCUAUCUCAUUUACCGACAUGGUUUCACUGCCAAUGAAGUUAUCUCGUUCAUGCGCUUCAUGCGACCCGGCAUGGUUGUUGGCCCUCAGCAGCACUGGCUUCAUUUGAACCAGGGCACAUUCCGCGAAUGGUGGGUUGAGGAGAGAAUUGAGCGCAGACUCAGGAGGGAGAUGGCUGCUGCAAACCCUAUCCCCAGCACCCCCAUUCGUGCCAUGCAAAAGACAACACUUCGGAACGGCCAGGCUUCGACACCCCCCAACCGAAGCCCCUCAAACCGUACUCCGCUGAGUGAAGUUGACCACGACCGCAAUAAUAUUGGGGUCCAGGAAGACUAUUUACCAGCUCCUACACCCGGCCAACCGCGAAAGACUGCCAGGGAUCGCCAUCACCCUUACCAGCGCUCAACUUCCAACGGACUCGCUGUUGAAGAGCAGCGCACCGUUGAGCAAGAAGCUGAGUACAUCGCGACGCACAGCCAGGCUCACGGCGGAGAGUCUGAUGAGGAGUUGCAUUUGCGCAUGCGACGUCAUCGUAAGGCGACCUCCCAAUCACCGGCUCGUAGUGAGAAGACACGCUCGGUUAGCCAGACGACAGCUAUCUACACCAUUGACAAUGAUGCUUCACACGACGCUGAGAACAUUGGCUCUGUGCGAACGAAGCACGUCGAACGAGUUGCUAGUACCCCUGGCGUUCUGACAAAGGUUCGCGGCAGCAAGCGACAGGGGGAGUCUCCUCUUCGGGCAAAGGAGUCUGCUGGCAUUCGAAAGACCAGCGGCAGAGUAGGCAGCGCCAAUCAUGGAGCGUCAGUGACGGCAGCUUCGACGGCCCGUAAAGUUUCUGGAGCUUAG